CGUUACUGUUUCGAUCGCUUUAUCUUCGGCUUUGGUGCGAAAAUCAGAACUUUCUCACUCUUCUGCAAGUCCUAGAGAGAGUGGCAGGGAGAGGGAGAGGGAGAGUGGGAGAGAAAGAGAGCUUAAGGAGGUAGCCAUUUGCGUCCUUUUCUUGGAGCUUAAGCACUGUAAAUUUAAGCUUCACAAAGCCGCGGUUUUGAUCAGCUCCUGUAAAAGUACCUUCAGCAGCGACGCCGUAAAUCCCGCCGUUGAAGAACCCUAAUUCUCUUAGCUUAGAUCAGACUCGGAGCACCAAGUGAACCUCCUCCUCCAUUUCUUCGUCCUUCCGGGCCUUUCAGUAAUUUUACUUCGCCAUCUUAUUUGUUGCUCGGCUAGUGUGGAAAGAAAAAAGAGUGAUAGCCUUCCUCAUUUUGUGUCUUUUUUCUCCUUUCUUUGAGUUUUUGUUGAAUUAGCUCGGAAAUGUUUGUGCAUGGGUAAUUCGUUUAUGUUAUGUGCAGAAUUGAGAUGGCAGUGUCUCCUUGUGAGAAGUAUCUUACAAGGUUCUGAGUCUUUUGCUGGGCAAUUUCCUGAAGGAUGCCAGAAUAAAUUCCCUUAGAAUUUUCAUUUUGGGGUUAACAGGUGAUGCUAUUUUUGAAUUAAAUCAAGCAUAGCUGCUCGUGUAAUUUUGGGUAUGAGGUGUUUCGAGCCACGAUGAUGUUAUAUAAGGGCUAAACCACUUUCAGAAAAAAAGAGGAGUGGCUGGGUAUAUCUUGGUGGCUGGCUUUUUAAUGCCUGGUAACGGAGUUGAAGAUAGGAUCCACAAGUUAUAUGGGCCAGAUAACUCUUACCUAGACCAGCACCAAUCUCAAGCUGUCGAGGAUAGUUGGCCUGGGUUUAACUGCAAUCCAUGGGUUGGGAAAUGGAGGCAGAUUGGGGUAGCUCCAAGUUGUGAUGUAAAAAGCUUCAACCAUAAAAAAUUAGAUUCUGUGAAAAGGCAUGGCGGUGAAUCUUUGAGCGCAUUCUUUAACCAAAACCGUGAGCAUUCCAACAUUUACUCCAGAAGCCAACAGCUGAGUUCAAAUGAAGAUAUGCUUGGAUGCCACAAAUUCCUGGCAAGGCAAAGACAAUCAGAGGUUUUGGGUGAAAAUACAGUUUAUGAUCCACAGGCUAUAACUUCAAGAUGUCUUUCCUUCCUUAUUCCACAGCAGGAAAAUGUGUCUGGGGAUAGUCCCACCCUAACAACAAAUUCAGAAAGGUCAGAAAUUACCGAAGCUUCCAUCGACUUUGACUUAGUUGGAGGGAAACAGCAGCUUGUUAGGGGCCAACAACUACAUACUCCACACACUCACCAAAUGCAGUCUGGGUACAAUGAAAUGCAGUUGCUGCAGCAGCACGUUGUGUUCAAGCAGCUACAAGAACUUCAGAGGCAGCAACAACUUCAGCACUUUGGUGAUUCUAGGCAGCAGAAUUCUGCAAACCAGAUUUCUGCAAUGACUAAACAAGCUGCUGGGGCUCAGAUUUCACCUGUCAUCAAUGGAACUCCUGUUAAUGAUGCAUCACACGUGCUUAUGAACUGGAUGCAGCAAGGUCCCUCUCCCACUGUGCAAGGUGUAUCUAGCAGAGUCGUAGUUUCACAAGAUCAAGGUCAGGCUUUGCAUUCCAUGGGUCUGGCUUCUCAACAGCUUGAUGUAUCCUUAUAUGGCACUCCUAUUGCUAGUGCAAGAGGUAGUAUGAGUGAAUAUUCCCAUCUCCACGGGAUGUCUCAUGAUUCUACAAAUUUGUUGACUAAGGUUAGUGUUCAGGCACAGAAGCCUAUUACACAAUCAUCAAGCUUCAGUAGCCCCCUUGUAGGUGAUCAGGUUACUGUUUCUUCAGAGCAGGUUUGCUUUCCCCAAGAAGGUUUCAUAUCCAAACAAAGACUUCAGGGAAACAAUAUGUUUGGACAGAUUCCUGUUCAGGGGUUGAAUAGUACUGUUGUUUCGAGCAAUCUCCAACUGGGGAAUACUCUGCAAAAGAAUGCAUCACCAACGGAAUUUAAUGGGAGGCCAGAGCGAGCUGGUUGGUCUGGAACCUUGCAGCAGAAAAAUAUGCGGCUUGGCCCUUCUCAGGGUUUGGUUCCUCUAGAUCCGAUGGAAGAGAAGAUUUUGUACAAUCUGGAUGAUAACAUCUGGGACACUUCUUUUGGUGGGCACAUUGACAUGGGCACUGGAGGCUUUGGAAUUACACUGGACCCAACAGACCAUUCGAGUGCACUUCCUGCUAUUCAAAGUGGAAGCUGGAGUGCUCUUAUGCAAUCUGCAGUUGCAGAAGCUUCUAGUAGUGAUACUGGGCUACAGGAAGAGUGGAGUGGCUUAACUUUUCAGAACUCAGAACUCUCAACUGAUAAUCAGCCUUCAAAUGCUAUGGAUAGUGAAAAGCAACAAUCAAGUUGGCUUGAUAGCAACCUACUGAGUACUGCCUCCUUAAGUUCAAGACAUUUUCCUGCAUUUAAUGAGUCUAGUGUGAGCUCUAGCUUCCCUGGCUUUCAUCAACCAGGCGUCCAGUUCUCAAUUGAGCAGAGAGAUACACUGCACCAGGAUGAUUCUCAUGAAUCAAUUCGGAAGUCUCCCAAAAACAGUGGUGAGUGGAUUGAUUGUGGCCAUAAACAAAAAUCAUCCAUUGAAGGACGUCGACCAGUUCAACCACUUGUGUCAUUGGACAGUGCAUGGACUGGUCAGAUUUUUGAGCACCCAGAAAGCGAUUCCCAUCGGCAAAGAAAUGCCUCAAUUAACAAUGUUAGCCAACCAUGCAGUGAACUAAAAGGUGAUAUCAAUGAAGCUACAUACCAGGGGAGGAGUUUUGAUGAUUGUCUGCGGGAGAGCGAUAAUAGUUCUGUUGCAAGUUAUUUUUCUAGACCAGCUAGAGGAUUGGAGCCAGUACACUCUGGCAUGGAUGGUACUCUGCCCAGCAGAGAAAAUUCACAAAUAUUUAACUUUGCUGCUGUGCCAAAUUCAAGCCCUUCCAAGGCCUUUCGAGAAACCGGUCAACAUAAUCAGCUUGAUUAUGUUAAGAGUGCUGAUAUAUCUAGGAACAAGGAAAAUCAGAGCAUGGCUAAAAACCAGCAUCAGAUGAGUAAUGGUUCUUAUGUUUUGCAUAACUAUCUUGAGAAAGGAGGUGGAACAGAUGGGAUGCAGCAGAAAUGCUACCAAAACGACAACUCUUAUGAAAACUAUGGCUUGAAAGGAUUUAGUGGGCAAGAGCAAGAACAUGUUGGACAGCUCAAAUUCAUUAAUAAUGUUCAUAGAAGUGCCUUGACCUUGGAUAAGGGACAUUUACUGGAUUAUCAAGGAAACUCAAAAGCUUCAGAGAUAGCUUCUAGAGAUGACCUGGAUCCAUCUACUACCUUUCGCAGAUCCGUUCAUCCCCAUUUUGAAAAGCUUUCCGCUCCAACAAGUGAAAAUAUGCUUGAGCUUCUUCAUAAGGUUGACCAAUCUGAGGAGAACAGCAGUAUACCUCAUUUUGGCUCUAGAGCCUGUGAUUCAUUGGUGUCUGAGACAGAGACUCCUGAUGGAUCUGUUGCUCAUUUGUAUAAUCAGUCAGCUGCUUGUCAAGGAUUUGCCAUGAAACUGGCUCCUGCAUCUCAACAGCUGUCCAAUAUGAACCCUUUCAUUUCAUCACAGGAUAUGCCAGAAGUAGAAUGUAAUCUAAGUUUUAGGCAAGCCAAUUCUGAGAUAGAGAAGAACCAGACCUGGUUAGCGUACCCAUCUGUUCAGUCAUGUUCUUCAUCGCGCGAAUCAUCUCAAAGAUCACAUUGGGAUAAUAAAUUUAGAAUUUCAGGACAGACAAGCAUCCCCUCAUCUUUAUAUAUGCCUGGUGUUGCAGCUUUUACAUCAAGUGCUCCAUAUAUAAGAAAUCAGCUUCAAAUGCAGGACAUGCCAAAUGCACCUCUGGCAUGUUCAUCUUCACAGGCAACAUUGGCUGGUACAGUUAGCAGAUACCCACCGUUUGACCUUGCUCCCUCUCAGCUUCCUGUUAUGUCAGGCUUGCAUCAGCAGGGUUCAUUUUCAGAGAGACCGCACAACGUAUGGACAAAUGUACCAGUUCAGCAACGUCCUUCUGUUGUAGAAUCUCUUAAGGUUCCAGCUAUGGAUCCGUCAACAAAUCGCUGGGAAACUUCACUGGUGCCACCAGGGAUAAAUGACCAAAAUUCCGAGAAAGUUGGAUAUGGAUCAUCAGAAUUUGGCACAUCUCCAAGGAAUUCACAAGGAUUUGAACAUGGGGCAGGUCAGCAAGAGGGAGGGAGAUCUCAGAUACAAAAAUCAUCUGAGAUACAUGAUGCUUCACAGACUCAUAGUUUGCCUGAUGCAGAUGCUUUUUCCUCUGGCUCAUUGUUGGCUCAUUCACACCAGCUGGACCUCGAUAGAAUACAGCAUGAAGACAACAAUGCUCCUUCUCCCUCUGAAAGAAUUAUUGGAACCAUUGGUCAUUCUCUAAAACUAUCACAUGUUUCUCAUCCGAAUUACUCCCUACUGCCCCAAGUGCAGGAAAUGAAGAAUGUGGAUACUGAUCCAAGUAGGAGAGUUUCGGAUGUUGAGCAUGUGGCUGCCACUGAUGCACCACAGCUAACAUAUGAAGAGAAUUCCAAGUUCAGAAACCAGUCGGAUACUGGACUGGCGUCAGCAUCCCAAUUCAACACAUCACUAUCUGAGGACACUAAAAUGCAAAGUUUUGUGACAGAAGCAAGAGAAAACUUUGGCAUAAAAGCUUCAUCACAGCCUGCUCUUCUAGAUAGGCCUCAAGCGAUGGUCACGACUGGUCAAAAUGAUUUUUUGAGUCAAUCUACUACCAGUAACGUGUUAUCAAAUCAUGCAGGGCAUCCCCAGAUUAAUUUGCGCAUGGCACCCUCAUUGUUUAAACAGUACGAGGCUUUCAGACAUGGACAGAUGCCACUGUUAUAUGAUGGAAGACAUGCAAAGACUGCUGCAGGACAGUUCUCUCUGUGGAAGCCUUCCCAGAAUUUGGAUAUAUUUUCUUCUGGGGGACGAAUAGAUGCUGCUGAUGCUAGUGAAUCCCUUUCAGCCCCUUAUUCAUUGCCUUCGGAUGGUACCAAUCAAUGCAUGGCGAAUGUGAGACCAAAAAAACGGAAAGCUGCAACAUCUGGUCUUCUACCAUGGUGCAAAGAAGUAACACAAAGUUCUCAAAGGGUUCAAAAUAUCAGUGUUGCAGAACAUGACUGGGCAAAAGCCACAAAUCGAUUGAUUGAGAAGGUGGAAGAUGAGGCUGAAUUGGUUGAAGAUUGGCUGUCAAUGUUUCGAUCUAAGAAAAGGCUUAUCAUGACAUCACAGCUUAUGCAGCAAUUGUUUUGCCCUGCACCAAUGUCCAUUCUCUCAUCAAGGGCUGUUUCGCAAUAUGAUACUCUGGCAUACUCUGUUGCCAAAUUAUCACUAGGAGAUGCAUGUAGCCUGACCUCUUGCACAAUUAAUCGUUUUUUGUAUGUACCGCUGAAUAACAACACCUUGAUUUCAGAAAAGCUCAAAGCUUUUGAGGGUGUUGAUGACCAGUCCUUUUCAGAAGUUGUAGAAGACUUCAGCAAUAGAGCAAAGAAGUUGGAAAUUGACUUACUCAGAUUGGACAAGGUGGCAUCCAUUUUAGACGUAAGAGUGGAAUGCCAGGAGUUGGAAAAGUUUUGUGUCAUUAACCGCUUUGCCAAAUUCCACAUCCGGCAAGCAGAUUCCUCUGGAAACUCUUCUUCCUCCAGUACUGUUACCCCUGCACCAAAACCCAAUCCCCAGAGAUAUGUCAUUGCACAUCCAAUACCUAGGAAUCUACCGGAGGGGUUACAAUGUCUUUCACUGUGAUUAUCAAAUUGAACAAUCCCCUUCCCAAUCGAACCCGUUAUACAUUCCUUGUCCAGUCCAUAUCCCACAAAUGGAUCUCUUUCAUCUGCGUAUAUGCUGGCACAAUGAAGGGAGCAUUUCUUGAUGGUAUGCGAAGCAACUCAACCACAAGUAACGACGGUCGCUUAUUCAAUCUUGAACUGAGGUUGAUUGGUAUCAAUUUUGAGAGAGUACAUAGUAUUUCCUGUAUAUUUUGAUGGAUUUCCAAGGAGAAUAGGUAGUAAUCUUUUCAUAUAAUAGCAAGAGGAUCGUUGCUAUGGAUGUUUCUCUAGUCUCAAGUUACAUAUAUAAUAAAUAAGUUAUAGGAAUAUCGGUUAGCUAU